AGCUGGGAGAGGCGUCAGGAGCAUCCGAGCGGGGGAAGGUUGUGUUGUUUGGUGGAAGAGUGUGAGAGUGUGUGUGUGUUUGAGUGUGUGUGGAGGGGAGGGGAGUGACCAGGAACCGAGUGCACUGCCUCUCACGCUUCCAGCAGACGUUUAGUCGGUUCAGGCAGGACAGAGAGUAGGAAAAAGAGAGAAAGAGAGGAAUAGCUUGGGCUGGCAGCACAGUAAUGACUCGCAGCACAUAUAGUGUGGACCUCAUGUCUCGGGGGGAUGCCGCCGUCCUCGUACUUAUUCAAGUUUAGUACCUUUCUUUUGGAACUUGAUGCUCUAGCUGGACAGAAUGCACUCCAGAGCCAAGUCCAGGAGUGUCGACAACUACCUGAGCAUUAAGGACUCUGAUUCGCUGGACAGCUGCAUCCAGAGCACCCUGUCUGCGCUCUACCCCCCCUUCAGCGCCAGUGCGCCCACUGUGCUGUGGCAACUCUUCAGCGUGGUGGAGCGGCAGUACCGCGGAGACGGCCUGCGCUGCCUCCUCGACUUCCUGCUCCCUGCCAAGAGGAUCCUGCAAACCAUCCAGCAAGACACGUGUCUCCGGUUUCGAGGCCUGCUGCUCUACCACGAGGGCUGGCCACUUUGUAUCCAUGAGAAGGUGGUCCUACAGCUCGCCCCGCUGCACAAGGUGCGCUUAAAGCAAGGAGACUUCUACCUACAGGUCGUCCCCUUAGGCCGCAAGACCGCCAAGCUGGUGAUAAAAUGCCUGUCUGGCAGCGGACAGGCCAUUGCAGAGAUCCCCAUCGCAGAGAGCAUGUAUGGCAAUGUCUUUUCUGCUGAGUUCCUGCAGAAUGUAACACAGGGCCGGAGCCUGCAGCCCCUACAGAACUGUCUGCUCACCACCGGCACCAGCGUCUACCGGACGGCCUGGAACAACGUAGUCAGCCCUCUGUUCGUCAGCAGCACGGCCGACGCCGUCUCACAGGCCCGCUGCGGCAGAGGGGGCCUCCGGGGUCAGCUCAGCACGUGCAGCACCAGCGGCUCCACGGGCACCCUGGACAGCCACCGCAGCUCCAGGGAGUCCCUGCACUCUCAGGGAGCCGACUCCAUCUUCACAUCCGAGCCCACCACCCCCAACAGGACACGUAUGGAGCCCGGUAGAGACCACCCACCUCAGGUGGAGAGCCUUCGCCUCAGUGCGGCACAAACCUCCACGCACAGCAGCGAGACAGAGGGUCUGGUUCUGGAGAACGGCAGGGGACACCACAAGGAGGGCAGCAGAGAGAGAGGACCCGGGUCCAGGACUCUCUCCUUCAGCACGGACCUGAGCAACCCUGGCCCUCGCAGCCGUCUGCCAAGGGACUCGGUCACGUUUGAGAGCCGACGGCUGUUCAGGAAGUCUUACAUGGAGGCCCUGCAGAACCCCAUGAGUAUCGGCUCAAGCUCGGAGUCCAUCCUCGAGGAGGGCCUGGAGCAUGGCGUGGGCCCCGGCAGCAGGGCCGGGACCCCGGGCAGCAGCCCCGACGCCCGCGCCACACUACGGGAGCACCUGACCCGGCGGCUGGGCUCCAGGAGCUGGCUGAGCGGGGAGGACUCCAGGCCCAGCACCCCCCUCCUCUACCUGCAGAGGGGACUGCGGAGUGCAGAGAGACGCGCCGACCGGCGGUCCAAGUCGCUGGAGAGGACUAACAAAGCUGCCCAGGUUAAAGGUCACCGGGAGCGCUCUUCCUCUGGUGGCUCAGCCAGCAUUUCCUCCAAAAAGCUGAUGAAUGGUUACGCCCUGCGCUUUGGGAAGCUGGGCCUGGAGGCGGCUUUCCCUGGCUCCGAGAGGAGGAGCAGCAGAGACGAGACUGGAACGCGUGAUGAUGGGGCCGGCAGUGACUGCAUUGCGCUGCACAGCCAAGUGGAAGACAGAGCUGCGAGUCCCAGGUCGUCUGCGGGGCGGGGCCCGGGGGGCACCCUGUCAGACGGCUCCACCCCCCUACCAAGCCUCCUGUCAGAGGUCAACCAGGAGCUCCUGGAGUCUGGGGCCCUCAUUUUACCUGGAAGUAGAGACCGCAGUGGGCGGAUGGUGUUGCAGGUGUGCACCAGAGGCCGUGUGUGGGCAGGUGACAGCGUCACGGCUAAAGACCUCACCUGUCUGCUAUGCUACUACUAUUCCACACUGCGGAGGGAGCGACGUGAGCAGGGCCUGACGGUGCUGGUAGACAGCAGGAGGCAGCCGCCCUCCCCUGCUCUGCUGUUCUCGCUGUCUGAGCUCCAGGCGUUGUUACCAAAUGCACUUGACUCUGUUCUGUUCCUGGUGGACAAGGAGGCAGUGGCUCGGUCUGAGAGGGACCUUCACAUACAGAACGAGCUGGUGACGUCUCUCAAGUCCCUGCUGAAGCACAUAGACAACACCCAGCUCACAGCAGACCUGGAAGGCAGCUUCCACUACGACCACAAGCACUGGCUCACCUUCAGACAGAAAAUCGAGCCCUUCGCCCGGAGCUGCAGUGCGGCCAUCCGGUCUCUGCAGGAGUCCAUCGACAGGCUGAAGACCUGGAUCAGCCCCGAGACCUCCCAGGGUGUGUCUGAACGGAUGGAGCAGCAGAGACACCUGAUGAAGAGCGUCCUGGCCGACGCGCGGCUCAACAGCCUGCGCCUUGAAGGGGGUACGGUCCUGGCCCGCAUCAGGAAGGAGGAGGCCUGCCAGAACAACAACUACAGGGACGCUAUAGACAUGGUGAAUGCGCUGUACAACCAGGUAGACGAGGAGGUGCAUGAGCUGGUGAUCCUCUCCAACGACUCCCAGAAACAUUUGGAAAACCUUCUGGAGGUCUGCAAGUUUGAGGAGCAGACACAACAGGUCAAACUGUGGUUCAGCGUGGAAGGAGAGAAGCAGCUCGCACCGCUGGACUCACAGACGCUCUCUCUCACCUCCGUCAAGGAGAUGAGGCAGAGUUUGGACAACUUUCUCGCAGAGUCUCUGCACCAGCAGAGGCUGGGGCUGGCGGUGGUGAGGGCGUCUCCCGGGCGUCUCCCCGGGGCGGCUCUCCUCCUCUUUAAGGAGCACCUGGGCUCGGUCCUGACCCGGGUGGAGGGGAGGAAGACCCAGCUGGACACGCUCACCACCCUGUACGAGUUCUACGACUCGGCUAACAGGUGGAUGGAGCACUGCCAGGAUUACUCACACCAGCUCAGCAUGGAGAGCCAUGGGGUGAGCCUGCCGCCCGCCGUGCUCCAGAUCCUCCGCGACUACCACGCAGAGGCCAGCAAGUUCUCUCCACAAAACUUUGGCCCCCUCAACCAGAUGGUGCUCUCCCUGGACAGCCCGGGGCAGCUGCAGCGCUGGAACGCAUUGUGGCACCAGUGCCAGCAGACCAAGCAGCAGCUGGAGGAGACGCUGGCCAACGCCAACGUGAGCGCCGACGCCGCCGCCACGCCCUCCACCACGACCUCCACCCCCUCUCCACCUCUCCAGUCCCCCCCGGCAGCCGUCCAUGUCUCGGGUUUGGAAGCCACAGGAAACACACAGCAGGAACCUACCGCAGGUCUGCACGGGCGGAAGGGAAGCCUGCCUCUCCCCAAAGGACCCCCCUUCUCCAACUCUAGCUCUGACCCCGGGGCCAGGCCGGCUCUGGGGGGCGACCGGGACGCCAAGCAGCCCCAUUCGCCGGAACCCCAAUCGGCGGGGCCCCUCCCCAAGAGCCCAAGCAGCUCUCUGUCCUCCUCCUCCCACUUCCCCUUCUUCCCCGGCGAGGGGGAGGGCCCGCUGCGCCACAGCCCGUCGCCGUUCGACGACACGGACAGUGACUGCACCAUGGACUCCUCGUCCGUCUCCUGCUGCUCGGAGCCGGCUUACCCGGCGGCGGCAGCGGCGGCCAAACACCGCAAGCAGCAGCCGCUGAAGAAGAUCAUGAAGAAGACCCUGAGCUAUGAGCUGACCCCCUCCAGGGAGGGCGGCCACUGCCACGGCGACACCAGCCACCUGCACGGCUACACAGGCGUGUACAUCCGCGGCCUGGAGGUCACCAACAGCGUGUCUGCCGAGAAGGAGCUGCAGCGGCCGGACUUGACCAGCCCGGUGCCGGGCCGAGGCCUCUCAUCCGCCUCGUCGGCCUCAAGGCCAAACAGCAGACACGAGACACUAGGGGACGGGAAGAAGCAGAGCAGCAAGGCCCAGCACAUCAUGGACGAGAUGAUGGCCACCGAGCAGGACUACGUGCGCUCGCUCCACUACGUAAUCGAGCACUACUUCCCGGAGAUGGAGCGGCCCGACCUGCCCCAGGACCUGCGGGGAAAGCGCGGCACGGUGUUCGGCAACGUGGAGAAGCUGAGCGACUUCCACAGCCGGUACUUCCUGAAGGAGCUGGAGUCCUGCAGCCAUGCGCCCCUUUCUGUCAGCAGCUGCUUCCUCCGACACGAGGAUCAGUUUGGAAUGUAUGCCCUAUACAGCAAGAAUAAGCCCCAGUCGGACACCCUACUGUUCAGCCAUGGAAACUACUUCUUUAAAAACAAGCAGCUGGAACUUGGGGACAAGAUGGACCUGGCCUCCUACCUGCUGAAGCCCAUCCAGAGGAUGAGCAAGUACGCCCUGCUGCUCAAGGACCUGAUCAAGGAGUGCAGCCCGUCUGAGGAGCAGGAGCUCAGCGAUCUGCGCACCGCCGAGGAGAUGGUCAAGUUCCAGCUCCGCCAUGGCAACGAUCUCUUGGCUAUGGACGCCAUCCAGGGCUGCGACGUGAACCUGAAGGAGCAGGGCCAGCUCCGGUGCCAGGAUGAGUUCAUUGUCUGGUGCGGACGCAGGAAAUACCUCCGCCACGUCUUCUUGUUUGAGGACCUUAUCCUUUUCAGCAAGACCAGGAAGAUCGAGGGCGGAUACGACCUCUACAUCUACAAACAGUCCUUCAAGACAGCGGAGAUCGGCCUGACGGAGAGCGUGGGCGACCGCGGCCUGCGCUUCGAGAUCUGGUUCCGCAGGAGGAAGUCCCAGGACACGUACGUCCUCCAGGCCAGCUCGAUGGAGGUCAAGGCCGUGUGGACCGCCAUCAUCGGCAAGAUCCUAUGGAGGCAGGCGCUCAGAAACCGGGAGCUACGCAUGAAGGAGAUGGUGUCUAUGGGCAUUGGCAGCAAGCCUUUCAUGGACAUCAAGCCCAGCGAUGCGGCCAUCAGCGACAGAGCGAUUGACUAUAUCAUGAAGGGAUCAGAAUGUAGAACGCGGGCGUCCAUCGCGGUGUCAUCCUUCGACCACUCCUUCUCCUUCAAGAGGCCCCACUCCACCAUCUCCAACAGCAGCACCUCCUCCUCCAGCAGCCAGUCCUCCUCCUCCCUGCUGGGCUCCCUAAACCUCCACCUGUACUCCUCGCCUGCCCACCCCCCCCAGCCCUACCCCUGCCCCCAGGGCAGCGUGCCCUUGUUCGGCUGGUGGCCCUACGACUGCAUCGAGGAGGACGAGCAGGAGCAGGACGCAGGCCUGCAUUCCUCUAUGAUGACUGAGGGCCCUGAGGCAUGCCUCCAGGGGCCUCCCGGGGACCACGGCAUCACGCGCCCCCCCGGGGACCACGGUGACAUGGGGCCCCCCGGGGACCACGGCGUCAUUGGCCGCCCCGGGGACAACGGUGUCAUGGGGCCCCCCGGGGACCACGGCAUCAUGGGGCCCCCCGGGGACCACGGCGUCAUUGGCCCCCCCGGGGACCACGGUGUCAUGGGGCCCCCCGGGGACCACGGCGUCAUUCGCCCCCCCGGGGACCACGGUGUCAUGGGGCCCCCCGGGGACCACGGCGUCAUUGGCCCCCCCGGGGACCACGGCGUCAUUGGCCCCCCCGGGGACCACGGCGUCAUGGGCCCCCCCGGGGACCACGGCGUCAUGGGCCCCCCUGGGGACCACGGCGUCAUGGGGUCCCCCGGGGACCACGGCGUCAUGGGGUCCCCCGCCCCUGCCCUCCCAUCCUACAACAACCACAACAAAGACGAGGCCGAGGCUAUCUCCUCCUCCGGGUUUCUGUGCUCUCCCACACACUCCCUCACCCCCCCUACUCCCCUGUUCCAGAGGGACGCUGACCUCCAACCCCCUGUGACCAAGUACAUCACCGCACUCUAGGAUGGAGACACUCGUUCAAAGCGCCACAGUGAAAAUGUUCAACAGCAAAUUGGAAGAUGGGAAGCAAGUGAGGACAGGCUGGAAAGACAAUGUCUGCUGAGCACUGAGACUCAUAGCUGAUCUCACAUACCUUAAGACUUGAUAAUGGCAUUUAUUGUUCAUGCCGUAAGGUGUAAAUUAAUACUUAAGAGUAUUAAAGUUGAUGGAAAUGGUACGUCAUGUUUUGCAUAUUUGUUUGAAUUUACUGCUGUAAUUAUGUGGCAAUGUUUAUAUUGUAGAUGAGCCUUUAUUUAGUAUUUUGCAAAACGGAGGAAGCACAGUAAGUUCUGCAUUCAAACUUUAAGAUUCUGUUUAUAAAAAGCAUUUUCAUGUGUCAUUCUCAGUUCAUUUUGUAAGUCUGUACAGUAUUCAAAAUGUUUUAAGAUAAAAUAAAUAUUUCAUGUCAUCACCGUUUUGAAUGUUUAUUAAAUAUUGCUGAGACAACAAAGAUGAGCCUGAAUAAUACCUAAUACAAUAUUAUAUAUAUUUGUAUAUACAUACAAAGAGCACAAUUUAUUGUCUGCAUGAAAGCACGUUCAAUGUUAAGCAUCGCUACUGCGUGAAAAUAGUUUAUCCUUCUCAUUGUUGGAAGAAAGCGUAACCUUAAUUUACCACACGGCCCGGGUAUAUGAUAACCACAGCCAAGCUACGAGCGCGUUGAAUUCUAAAACUGGUGACAGUUGAGGCGCAACUGAAAACCACCGACUAGACUAGAGUUGUAGAGCUGUCCUCAAUUGACCAUCUAUCUUUAUAAUACAUUUUACAGCAGCGCACGCACGAUGAUGAAGACUUAUUUUUUAUUGCCUGAUAUGAUGUAUCUCCAGUACACCUGUGAUUCCCUUUUGGACCGAUUGAAAAGUUGAAAUUUACGCAAUGAAGUAUAUUAUAUGUUGCUUAAGAAUUGUUUGUGUCUGUUUCUCUCACUCCGAAUGCAGACACAGAGAACCAGAGAGAGAAACAAAUUGAGCCCCAUCACACACAUCUCCAUGAGCUCCAGCUGAAGGAGAAAGGAAUAAAGACACAUAAAAACAUUUUUUAAUUAGUCCAAUAAAAAGCACAUUUCAGAAGGGGUCUUGCCAUCUGUGCAUGUGUGCAUUAAACAACUCUCAUAAGGAUUCUUACCUUCAAGUGUUGGUUAAACUCGCUCCCCCUGGUAAAGUCAACACUUAUAAUAACCACUUCGAGUGUUGCCAUGACUACACCGGCCAGGUUAAGGAAAUAGCAUACCUGAAAUAAUUGUAAAUAUGAUAAUACAGACGCACACGUUUCAUGUGCGUCAUUAACAGAUUGAUAUUCUAAUCUAUUGUGUUGUACUUACAGGUAGUAGUCUUGGAUUUUUGCACAAAAGGUUUGUUAGUAGUCCGGCACCAAAAAACUGAAAAUAAUCAUAUAUAAUAUCAUCAAAGCUUUUCAAAAUAGUUACUUAACAGCAAGAAUAAAAUCACAUAAUUAAAACAUUUUUAAAUAGCAAAAUGGAUAUCAAUCUAUUAGCAAUAUAUAUUAUGAGCCUGAUUCAUGAGUCCGAACUAAUACCGUAUGUACUAUAACUCCAUUCGGGAUGAAUGUAGCAAUAUUUAUGAACCUUGUUGAUAGAGAGAAAAUAAUGUGCUUAGAAAUAGACAGAAGAACAUACACUAUUUACAUUUCCUGUCGUAAAGUAUGUUUUAUCUCUUACUUUCAAUUUAUGUAAAUGCUAUAACUCACAAAUGGUCCAGUCAGGAAUGAGAUUCGGAGGAGUACAUAAAGAGAUUUAGUCAUCUCUAAAGUUAUAGCCAAAGAAAUUUCCACGGCAACACUGAAGAGGCCAUCCACCAUCAGUAUAGACUGGAACAGAUAAAAAAUAACAAAUACAAUGUUUGAUGAUUUCAUUUAAAUGUCCUUAUACCAUUUUAUGUGUAUUGAAAAAUAAUGUUUUACAGUGGAAAUUGGAGCAAUUUCUUUUAAUAAUUCAGAUCUCUGAAGAUAAUAUUUAAGAGAUGCUGUAUCAGUCUGUAUUCUGUCUCUGAACACUGUAAUGCAACUUUUUAAUGUCACCAUUUCAUAAAUUAUAAUUCAUUCAUUCUUAAAAUUAAAACUAGUAUCUAUAACAAUGUUUGUAAACAAUUCAAAUCCCCAAUCUGAUUACAUUUGUAUUAAUGUCAUGAUAAUGAAUGAACAACACCAAAGAUAAAAGCCAGCAGUGCACUGUCCAGUUGGUUUGAAACUUUGUUAUGCAGCACUUUUUCUACUUCUCCAACCUAGAUUGUAUUCUUUGAUGGUUCUCAGCCUUACUUUAUAGAACCUGCUUAAUGAUGUUUGAGGUAAAUACUGCAGAUUUAUAAUAUAUUAUUAUCAAAACACAAACAUGUGAGUAUUUGUGUAAUACUUUAAAGCAAUUAAAUAAUGUUAGAAUCAGUCUUUAACUGGCAGGAUGUUGUUGAAAUGGCAGCUUUGUCUGAAUAAUUGAACAGGCUCUUUUGACUUCACGUUACCCCCAGCACAGCAGGAGCUGUCCCCAGCAGAGCAUGUAGGGGUCUUCUCUCAGCCCGCAGAGGCUUGAGGGGUUGGUAGUAUUUGAUGAGAGGGCCAGCCUGGUCCUCAGUGUCCGUCUCCUCCUGGACUCUCCGGAUCCCCAUGGGACUAUCUGCACAGGCCAUGGAGUCCCUGUGACAUCCAGAAAUCAAGUUGGUUCAUUUGUUGUUUGAUAAACAAAACUUAUUCGGUCUAACUAAGGAAAGUAUUUUCGCUGAGCCAUUCAAUAAUGGCAUUUGUAUCAUUUUUUUUAUCAUUGUUGCAGUCUUUGAAUUUCAUAUAUUAUUGUUUCAUUGUAACAGUGCUAUAAUAGUAAUUGACUGAAAACAGCUGUUUGCAAUAUA